UCACUCCCACCAAAAAUCUUGGAGCCUAUCCAUGGAUUACAUUCUUAAUCCAUUCUUGUAUCUUGUCCUCUUCUUAUCCUUGUACCUAAUCUCCAAACACUUUCACCGGAAAUUCAAGAACCACCCACCGGCGCCGUUCCUCACUCUCCCCCUCCUCGGUCAUCUCUACCUCUUUAAGAAGCCUCUCCACCGAGCCUUGACCAAUAUCUCCAACCGCUAUGGCCCCGUCCUCCUGCUCGAGUUCGGCUCCCGGAAAGUCCUGUUGGUCUCCUCCCCUUCCGCGGCGGAGGAGUGUCUGUCGAAGCACGACGUCGUUUUCGCAAACCGGCCCCGUCUGAUGGCCGGAAAGUACAUCGGCUGCAACUACACUUCCCUAGCGUGGACCUCCUACAACGACCACUGGCGGAACCUCCGCAGAAUCGCCGCCAUCGAAAUCCUCUCCACUCAUCGCCUCCAGAUGCUCCACGACAUUCGCGCCGACGAGGUGAAUUUCAUGAUAAGAAAGCUCGAUUCAUCCUCCAAAGCCGGAGCUCCGGUGGAAAUGAAGACCGUGUUUUUCGAGCUGAUGUUGAACCUCAUGAUGAGGAUGAUCGCCGGGAAACGGUAUUUCGGCGAGAACGUGGAGGAUCUGAAAGAGGCGAACCGGUUCAGGGAGAUCCUCACGGAGAUUUUAGCCAUCAGUGGGGCAAGCAACGUGGGAGACUUCGUGCCGUCGUUGAAGACGGUGUUCCGGAGCUUGGAGAAGAGGUUUGUGAAUGUGCAACGGAAUAGAGACGCUUUUUUGCAGGACUUGAUCGAAGAGUGCCGGAAACAAAUUGCAGAAAACAUCAGUUCUGGGGAUUCUACAGAGCCUGCAGGGAAGGAUAAGAAAAAGAAGAAAUCAUUUGUUCGAGUGCUGCUCACACUCCAAGAAAACGAACCUGAAUAUUACCAGGAUGAAAUUAUCAGAGGCCUCAUGUCGGUUAUGUUAGCAGCGGGAACAGAUACAUCAUCCGGGACUCUGGAGUGGGGGCUAUCACUUCUGCUAAACCACCCAAAAGUCUUGAAGAAGGUGCAAAGGGAGAUUGACGAGCGGGUCGGACAGGAGCGGCUACUGGAGGAGUCAGAUUUGGCCAAUCUCCCUUACCUGAACUGUAUAAUCAAGGAAACAAUGAGAAUGUACCCUGUUGGCCCUCUGUUAAUCCCCCACGAGUCCUCAGAAGAGUGCACCGUCGCCGGCUACCGUGUCCCCGCGGGCACAAUGCUGAUGAUCAACGUGUACUCUAUCCAAAGAGACCCCAAGAACUGGGAAGACCCGGAAAAGUUCAGGCCGGAGAGGUUUCAAGGCUUAGAAGGAGUGAUGAGAGAUGGGUACAAGAUGAUGCCUUUUGGAUCUGGAAGGAGAAGCUGCCCCGGAGAAGGCCUGGCGUUGCGUAUGGUUGGGCUUUCUUUGGGAUCGUUGAUCCAAUGCUUUGAUUGGGAAAGAAUUGGCAGUGAAAUGGUGGAUUUGACUGAAGGAAUUGGAUUAACUAUGCCCAAAGCUUCGCCGUUGACGGCGAUCUGCAAGACGCGACCUUUCGUCGCCCAUCUGCUUUCUCAGACUGGAGUCUAGAAGAUCUAAAAGCAUGGUGGCUCACAUGUCUUUUGCUAAGAGCUCUAGUAUUAGUGUACCUAAAUAAUUGCUCUGUAAUAGUUUUGAAGAAGGGUCUACUUUUCUAUGUACUUGUAAAAAUGUACGUAGUAGUUAAUAAUCAACCAAUAAAAAUGCGGACAAAAACUGAA